AAACGGCGCGUCAUGUGAUCGGUGGGCGUGGCCUGUUGAAAGGGCCGGAGGUACGCAGUUUGUUUUGGUAUUUUGGUAGAAAUUUUUCAUCGUUAUCUCCGCAGAAGGAUGGAGCCUAAGCCCGAAAACAGCAAGCUGAUUUUUGAGAAGGAAGGAGUUUACUUCCACACCAAUGCCAAGAGGAGUAACGAGGAGACCUCCAUCCCCGGAUUCAUCCGCAUCGUGGAGAGGGAUGGAGAGCCAGCGUUGGAGUGGAGUCCUGUUCAGGAUGAGCGUGAAAAUGCACCAGCGGUCUUUUAUGCCAAAAAGGACGGUGAAGGAGGAGAAGAGGAGACCAAGUUCGACCCCGGGUACGAGCCGGACUGGGCCGUCAUCAGCACGGUGAAGCAGAACAGAGAGAAAAAACCGCUCCCCAUCAGAGAGACAGGUCAUUGGGGUUCGUUCUCCCUGCCCCUGUCGGAGCUGUACUCCCUGCGUCGUGCUCGGUUCUCUCUGGGCAGGAACUUUGUGGUGUUGACGAGUCGAGGAGGCGACCCUCUGCCCCCGCUGCACUUCCACAGGGGCGGAACACAGGAACUGCUCCGAGCCAUGCAGAGAUACAUCCGACUCGCACCGUCUCCGGUGGACGGUCGGUUGUUUCUGGCGUACCCUCAUGACUCCGGUGCCCUCUCUCACUCAUUCGACGAGCUGCAGAUGUUUGAUGACACAGGCUCAGAUCUCGUAUCUAGGUUCAUCCAGGACCCGUACGCGACCACGUUCGGUGGCUUCUCCAAGGUGACGAACUUCUUCAGAGGAGCGCUGAGACCUCCAGAGUCGCCUCUGCAUUCCCAGGGAGACUCGCACAUACCUCGCGUAUCCGACGACGAGCCGGGAUUCGAGCACAUAACCUGCCAAGGGGCGGAGCUUGGCCCCCGGCCCAAGGUGAGCAGAGGGCCGCCUCUGGACGACUGGGAGCAGUUUCUGGACUCGGAGGGCCGCGUCACCAAUCCACAGAAAGUCAAGGAGCUGGUGUUCAGAGGGGGUAUCGUUCCUUCUCUGAGGAAGGAGGUGUGGAAAUUCCUUCUGGGAUUUUACCCCUGGAACAGCACAGCCCAGGAGAGGGAGGGCAUCGUCCGGACGAAAACAGACGAGUAUUUCAGGAUGAAGGUCCAGUGGAAGUCGAUCAGCGAAGAGCAAGAGAUGCGAAACUCCCUCCUCCGCGGAUACCGCAGCCUGAUUGAGCGGGACGUGAAUCGGACGGACAGACAGAAUCCGUUCUUCUCAGGGAACGAGAACCCGGGCCUCACGCUGCUGAACGACGUCCUUAUGACCCACUGCAUGUAUGACUUCGACCUGGGUUAUGUUCAGGGUAUGAGUGAUCUCCUGGCGCCGCUCCUCUUCGUCACUCAGAACGAAGUGGAGUCUUUCUGGUGUUUAACGGGAUUUAUGGAGCUACUGCAUCAGAACUUUGAGGAAUCUCAGGAGGCGAUGAAACAGCAACUGCUCCAACUCAGCCUUCUGCUCCGAGCGCUCGAUCCUGAACUGUGUGACUACCUGGACUCUCAGGACAGCGGCUCUCUGUGUUUCUGCUUCCGCUGGCUGCUCAUCUGGUAUAAGAGAGAGUUCUCCUUCGAGGAUAUCCUGCACCUCUGGGAGGUUCUGUGGACUCGUCUGCCUUGCGCUAACUUCCACCUGCUCAUGGCCUGCGCCAUUCUGGAGUCCCAGCGGGGGGAGCUGAUCGGCUCCAACCACGACUUUAACACCAUCCUCAAGCACAUCAAUGAGCUGACCAUGAAGCUGGAUCUGCAGACGGUGCUGCGGGAGGCUGAGGGGAUUUAUCUACAGCUGGUCCAGUGCAAGGAAUUGCCGAUGAAGGUUCGGGAGGUUUUGGGAAUGCGCGUCACCUCCAGCUCGGACGACGAGAGUUCCGAGUCAGAGCCCAGAGAGACAGACAGACUGUUCAGCCAAUCAGCUGCAGGGGGCGUGGCUGUUUGUCAUUCAAGUAACUUGAACGCCCCACAUCGCCCGCCUCCUACUUACCCAUAAUCCCCCGUAAUAUACGUUCUGCUGAGGAAUUCUAAACGCUAUAUGACACGUAACUACAUGACGUAACUGUUCAUAACCGAGUUCUUAAUACUAAUGAACUGUUCAUAACCGAGUUAUUAAUGAUAAUGAACUUUCAUACGAGCCUGAGAGAACUCUUUACUUUCAAUUACUGUACUGCACAGGAAGGGAAAACCAGAGAUUACAGAACACAGUGAGGUUGUGAGUGUGUGAGUGAGAGUGUGUGAGUGUGAGUGAGAGAGAGAGAUUAAUGAAUUAUUAUUUACUAUUAAUUCUGUGUUUGGGGUAAAACAGGAAACUGGUGUUAAUAAAUCACUAAUUCUUAUUUUUAAACUAACACCACCUGCUUCUAAUAAAGCUCCGCCCACAUUUAAUAAAGCCACCAUGCCCACUUAUAACGAUCCCCCAAUCCUAAUAAACCCUGCCCAUUCCUAAAAAUGCCCAUCCACUCAUAAUCCCUGCUCACCUCUAAUGAAGCCCCACCCACCUCUAAUAAAACCUCUAAUAAAGCCCCACCCACCUCUAAUAAAACCUCUAAUAAAGCCCCACCCACCUUUAAUAAAACCUCUAAUAAAGCCCCACCCACCUCUAAUAAAACCUCUAAUAAAGCCCCACCCACCUUUAAUAAAGCCCCACCCACCUCUAAUAAAACCUCUAAUAAAGCCUCACCCACCUCUAAUAAAGCCCCACCCACCUCUAAUAAAACCUCUAAUAAAGCCCCACCCACCUUUAAUAAAACCUCUAAUAAAGCCCCACCCACCUCUAAUAAAAACUUUAAUAAAGCCCCACCCACCUUUAAUAAAGCCCCACCCACCUCUAAUAAAACCUCUAAUAAAGCCCUGCCCCAUCCACCUCUAAUAAAGCCCCACCCACCUUUAAUAAAACCUCUAAUAAAGCCCCACCCACCUUUAAUAAAACCUCUAAUAAAGCCCCACCCACCUCUAAUAAAACCUCUAAUAAAGCCCCGCCUACUCAUAAUAAAAGCCCGCCCCCUCCUAAUAAACUUCUGCCCACUCCUAAUAAUGCCCUGCCCAUCUCGAACCGACAAAGAAAUUUCUCGGAAAUGGAAAGUCAGACAUUUUGUUUUACGGACUGGAAAUGAUCACGAGGUGCCGAGGGGCUUCACGAGCUUUCUGUAUCAUUCGCUGUCCCUUUUUUCACUUCUUUCUUUCUUUCUUUUUCUUUCUCUCUUUUUUUUGCUUUAUUCUUUCCGUUGUUCUUUCUUUCUCUUCUCCUUGCAUUUUUUUAAAAAUUUCCAUUCAUCUUUUUUGCUUUCUUGUUCUCCUUCCUUUUCGCUUUAUUCCUCAUUUAUUCUUUUCUUCCUUUCUUUCUAAAAUGUUGGACAAAUAACAGUUUGAAAAAUGGUUCUGUUAUAAAGGGCAGUGGUUAUUAGUGUGUGUGUGUGUGAGUGUGUGUGUGAGUGUGUGUGUGAGUGUGUGAGUGUGUGUGAGUGUGUGUGUGUGUGUGUGUGUGUGUGUGUGUGUGUGAGAGUGUGUGUGUGUGUGUGUGUGUGUGUGUGUGAGAGUGUGUGUGUGUGAGUGUGUGAGUGUGUGUGUGAGUGUGUGUGUGAGUGUGUGUGUGAGUGUGUGUGUGAGUGUGUGUGUGAGUGUGUGUGUGAGUGUGUGUGUGUGUGUGUGUGUGAGAGUGUGUGUGUGUGUGUGUGUGUGUGUGUGUGAGAGUGUGAGUGUGUGUGUGAGUGUGUGAGUGUGUGUGUGAGUGUGUGUGUGAGUGUGUGUGUGAGUGUGUGUGUGAGUGUGUGUGUGUGAGAGUGUGUGUGAGAGUGUGUGUGAGAGUGUGUGUGAGAGUGUGUGUGAGAGUGUGUGUGCUUUAAUUUACUAUAAUUCCCUGAAGGUUGCUGGUGGUGAUGGAGUCAUUAUUAGUAUUCUAUAAAACCCCUGAUGAUUUUGCAUUAUUGUUCUUGUUUAUUUUUAGUGUGUGUGUGUGCGCGCGUGUGUGCGCGCGUGUGUGUGUGCGCUUGUUGUGUUGAAUAGAAGUGUCGGUGUGUGGAUGUAUUUCCGUUCCCGUCUCUCGGACGCGGUGGUGUUUGUGUUGUUGUGUAAAUGGUGUAAACAGCAGCGUUACAGUAAUGACACCGUGACCUCAUGCACGUUUGCAUGGCUCGGAUUAUCACAUUAAAUACGAAUAUAAAUAUAAAGAGAGAUAUAUUUUGGUUUGUUUUUAACCACGACUGCGUUCACUUCACAUUUACUCGCUUUGUUCUGAAAUAAAAAUGAAGCUGAUGUGAA